CAACUUACAAGAAUACAAGCUGGUGGAAGUUGGAAUGCCUGGUCUCUACUCUCUAACCCCUAAAACACGUGUACAUCUUCUCCUCCAACGAAAAACAUUUCCCCUCUUCUCCUACAUCCAAUUUCUACUUGCUGAACUUAAUUUCUGAAUAAGAUAAGAUAAUCAAAGAAGAAAAAACAAGGGUGAGGUAGAAUUUAGCCACUCAAUUUGUUGAAGAACAUGGCUGUUUCUCAAGUUUCUGCUUCUUUUAAUCUCUCUGUCUAUGAUGCUUGUACUCCAAAUUCUCCAAGACUUUGUACAGUUUCAAGGAUACCCACUUCAAAUUUUGCUCGAAAUGCUACAUCUUUUGUGAGGGGUUCUCCACUUGUGAUACGGACAAGCGCUGCUCAAUUGAAGGCUGUACACAAAUCAAAUUCAGUUUCUAUUAAGUGUCAGCAAAGUGCAAAUGAGGGUGGCUUGGAUGUUUGGUUAGGAAGGAUUGCAAUGAUUGGCUUUGCUGUUGCAAUUACUGUUGAAGUAUCAACUGGCAAGGGUCUUCUUGAGAACUUUGGGCUCACAUCCCCAUUGCCAACUGUGGCUCUUGCAGUAACAGGACUGGUCGGUGUUCUGACUGCUGUCUUCAUAUUCCAGUCUGCCUCAAAGAAUUGAAUGCAAGCUGCUAUCUUUGCUCUUUGUAAAGUUUGUUAUUCUGUCUUAGUUUUUAAAGCUCAAGUACGGAUGCUUUGACUACAGUUCAAGCAGAAGAACUAACCUUUUGUAAAAGUGCAAUUUGAAUGCAAACAUAUCUUCUUCCAAGAUUUUGUUGAAUCUUAUAUACUUUUGGGUA